AUGGCGGACGAAGGUGCAUCUCCUCGUGAACUAGUCAUUGAGGCUUGUCGUCGAGACCAGCCUCAUUUGAUUGAACAAGUUCUAAAGGGCAUGGAAGGCAAAUCGAACGAAGAGGUGGCCGAGUUCUUCAACGGCGUUACAGACUCAAUGGGAAACCAUGCUCUUCAUAUCUGUGCUACAUAUGGCAGCGGUGACACGAUGGACUGUCUCUUUGAUAUACAAUACUUUGAAUGCGACCCUCUCACCCGCCUCGACAAAGAUACCCCCCUCCACAAUGCUGUGCGCUACGCCAACGAGAAGGAUCGUGAAAUCGGACUGGAGAUGAUCGAGAUGAUGUGCGAAGCUGGCUGUGACCCACGAGUCAGGAACAAGCAUGGUCAAAAGCCCGCGGACCUUGUUUACAACAAUCCAGAGAUUAAGUCGAUUCUUCAGAAGACCGAAUACGUUCUUGCAGAGGGUCUAAGAGAUAACUCGGACAAUGGCUCUGUUCAUGACAGUGCAAGUGAUAGCGAGUAA